AAGCUCGGUGGCUUUGAGGUCGUUUUCACCCGUCGUCGGACCAUCGGUCGGAAUCACCAGUAACCGUGCGCACUAGGGUUUUCAGGCGGAGCUAAAGAUGGACCUGCCUCCGUCGACGAGCCAUAGCUGUUCUCCGAGAACGACGAUGGCGACGUCAACGUCGAUCACCGACGUGGACGUCGACGCGCUGGCCCGCUGUGCGGAUUACUUGACGCUGCAGGAGGUGUCGAACAUGGCCAUGUCCUGCAAGUUCCUCAAGCGCGUCGCUUAUUCCGAUUCCGUCUGGCACCGCCUGUAUAGGGAGAAGUGGCCUCGACAAGCGUCUACCAGCUUUUCAUCAGGGGUUAGAAGAGCAUAUUUGGACAGACUUUCUGCACUGCAGCAGUUUAAAUUUGUUGAUCCCUUGGUUAUGGACUACUUUACAGAGGCUACGUACAAUGAUAUUUUAUUGGAGAAGAACAACACGGUUCUUGCUCAGGGGUCAACCUUACGCUUUAUGAAGUUCGAUAGCUCUCUAGGUCGAUGGGAAUCUGUUAUUGCUCUAAACGAUCACAAUGCAAGAGUUACUUGUAUGAGACUUUUUCCCCUUAGUCUAAUUUCUUCAUUCCGAGGUGAGACGGAGAGUGUGGAAAGUGCACUGGUGACAUCAAGCUGUGAUCGUUCCAUUCGGCUAUGGUGGAAGGGUGCAUGCCAACGGUGUUUUAGAGGUCACAGUGGCCCAGUUUUCACCCUGUCUGAUAAAUUAAUAGGUGAAGGGAAGGGUGGGGUAUUGGCAAGUGGAGGUGAGGAUGGCACUGUUCGGCUUUGGUCCCUUUCAAGUGGGAAACGCGGACAACAAGCUUUAAAGACCACAUUUUACGGGCAUGAGAAGCCAGUCAAGUUUAUUUCAGUUGCUGGGCACAGUACUUCUCUUUUGGUGUCUAUUUCAAGAGAUUCUAAGAUAAGAGUUUGGGAUGCAAAUGCAUCAUCUGCUGUUCGUUCGUCAUGCUGCGUUGGAAUGGCUUCUGUUUCUGGUGCACCUGUAAACAUGAAGUGCCACGAAUCGCUGCUCUAUGUGGCUGCCGGUUCCCGUGUUGCCAUUAUAGACUUAAGGACAAUGCAAAGAGUUAGCACUGCAGCUACUUCCCAAACAAGCUUGUAUUCAUUUGAAAUUAUUCCUUCGAAGUCAUUAAUCUGUACGGGUGAGACUGGCAGGGCGACGCUUUGGGAUGUCAGAAAGAACCAGGGCCAAAAUAAAUCUGUGCCAAUAGCUGAGCUGGAUGGGCAUUCAGGUCCUGUGGCGCAUUUGCAUAUGGAUUCAUACAAAAUAGUUACGGGGAGCCCAGAAGAUGAUUAUGUUAAUGUUUGGGAAGCUGACACUGGUAAUCUGGCGAACUCCUUAUUUUGUUGUAGCCCGGAAGAAGUGGGUUGCACCUUUGGAUGUUCGGCCUUUGCUGUAGAUGGUUGCCGAAUCGUUACUGCUGCUUCUGGCCUUCAAGGUGGACUCGUGCGCCUCAGGGACUUCACAUUUGCAGACCACCCGGUUGCACAAUACGAGGAUGAGCGCACAUCAAAGUUUUGGCAGCCAAAUUCCCAUUCGGAUGAUGAUGCCUGAAGUGCUGAUGUUAUAAACGUUUGUACAGAUACCUAAAUGUAGAAUGCUCCCCUGGAAAUGAAAAUAUAGUGAAGAGUUAUGUAUCUUUUCCUGCGUUCUUGUGUAAUCGGUUGCACGUCCUUCUGCUUCAUUUAUAUCUU